AUGGAGGCGGCGCCGAGCGCCAAGCCGAGGCGGGAGCCGCCUCCCAUCCCUCCCAACUACGUCAGCCUCAAGCGGCUCCAGGAGCUUCGCCUUAAGGAGGAGGAGGAGGAGAAGCGGCGGCGGGAGGAGGAGGCCGCCGCAGCCAAGCGGGCGGCGGCGCUAAAGGCGGAGGAGGCGGCCAUGGACGCCGCGGUUAAGCGGGAGGCGGCACUGAAGGCAGAGACGAAGGGCCGCGCAGUCUCGCGCGAGGCCUUCUGCGGGGUCAAGGAGAGGCAUCGAGGAGGGCGCGCACAAGGGCAGGGCCACCAGUGGGUGGCCGUGGGGUAUCGGGCACCAGCCACGACCCCGCGGCCAACGCCGACGUGCGGGGAAGCUGCGGCACGGGAGAAGGAAUGGAUUGUAGGAGGUAACCGUGGCAAGAAGGGGCCGGACGAUGUCGCGGACAAGUCGCCGUGCAAGGGGAAGGGGAAGGGGAAGGGGAAGGGGAAGGGGAAGAAGAAGGCCUCCUCGUGCCAUACUGUAGGCGAUCCAGGUAAUCUGGCCGAGGCGUCGGCUCCUGCAGCAUCGAACGGCGGCAAGCCGGAGAAGAAGAGCGAAAUCAAGGCGACGGGGAAGGCCUCGGCCGCCCCACUCGAUCCGGGGAAGGCGGCCGUCGCAUCAUCCCCAGGCCACUUGACUUGCAAGGGGAGGAAGGGCGCGGGUGGCCGGAGCGCAGAGACGAGCCCGGGCGAUGCUCCGGCGAAGACGGCUGGUCCGUCGCCGCCGCGAGGCGUCAAGUCGGGCAACACGGGGAAACCGAGACCUGCAGCGCCCAGGCUCGCAGACGCCGCGACAGGCCGCGAUUCUCCGGAGGGGAAGGAUGCGGCUCCGGCCCAGGCCCCUCCCACCUCGGCCGCCGAUGGCAGCAGCAAACCGACCGUGGAGGCGAAGCCCGAGGGCCUAGUUGAAGGGCAGCAGCGCCGGCAACCGGCACGAUUUGGGAGGAGGUCGGCUGAACCCUGGCGCGGCCGCGGCAAUGGGGCUGCAGAGCCCCACGGGCGUGUGUGGGUGCCCAAGGCCAAGGCGGCGGCGGCUGGAUCAUCUGCUGGCACCGGCGACAAAUAA